AUAACUCAACAGCUGGUGGUGCUAGUAAGGACUUAUGGAUAUCAUGUAUGGAGCCCCAAAACUGACAAAAAGUAGUUAAGGUUUAUCAGAGAAGUCAAAAAUAUAACUUAUUACAAUAAUGAAAAAUGCUAGUUAAAUAAUUUUAACCUCCAGCUACCACCAAUAAAUUGAUUGAACCUGAUUUAUUUUGCUGUUCUAGUUAGCUUUCACUUGGUCAUUAUAUUUUUCCACCUAUUUUGCCUUGUCUUCGGUCUUGGAACACAUUUAAUCAUUUAUCUUGUUUCAUUUAUCAUUUCCUGUUUUAAUGAAUUUUACUACCGGAUCAGAAGUAAUAGCAAAAACUGUUUGUUUUACAAACAAAUCUGAUUGGAAAUGUAGGAAAACUGUAAAGUUCUGUGUUUAUUUUUACACUUCAUAUAAAAUACUAUUAUUCAAAAUAUUAUUUAUUGAUGUAUUCAGUCAUAUUUUUGACUUCUCUGAUAACUUUUAUUUUGCCAAUAUUAGGACUUCAUAGUUAGGAAUUGCUGAAAUACUGAACUAAGCGUCAAAAAUCAUUUAGAGAUAGUGUAUGAACUUUUAACUAGUGUUGAAUGGUACGCUAUGAUAUAGUUGUAAGCAGAUGUAAGUGUUAUAUAAGAUAUUUGACACCCAUGGAUGAAGGCUGCUGUAUAAACACAGAAUGAACGGUAAUCUAGUAAAAUACAGUUGUAAUGAUAUGUCUUCACUGUGUUACCAGUAAAUUAAUCCUUAUGUUUGACAACGCCUAACCUUCAGACUGUCCUGCUUUUGUUCUGUUUCUUGGAAUCAUAAACAAAUUCAAAGAAUACAUUUUUCCAGUAAUAAAGAGUUUGCCGUUCGUUGCGCGGUCUUUCCACCAGGGGGCAGUUUAACACCAGAAAACAUUUGACAUCUCAGUUGAAGAAGAUUCCUGCUGACCAAUGAGGUUGCAGAUUAUUCUGGUCCUGACCAAUCGCGUGCCACGGUGGAUGGGCCGUGAUUAAAGAUGCAUUCGGUGAUGAGGGGGGCAUGUGGAGCCAACUGCUGGGACAGAUGAGUUUCUCGCAGAGUCCAAAGUUUGGGAGUCUUCCUGUAAACAUGAUCUCCGCAUCUUGCAUUUUGGCGCUCGGCUUGUUGUCGUGUGCUGUGCUGGGCAGAGAUCUCCAAGGUGGAGAAAAGCUGCCAGGUUUGAAGAGGCUGCAGAGGCAGUCUGGCGGGGAUGAAGAGCCACAUAGUUUAGAGAGGUCCGACCUCUCGAAACGUAGCACAGGACUGAAUGGACAGACAUGUACGGCUCUGCCUGGAGUAGAGUCAGCCCUGCAAGACAACACCCAUACGUUCACCUUCAAAGUGAGAACCAUGGGUUCACUGUCACUGGCCUGGGUGGGAGAUGGAUCAGGGGUGCUGCUGGUUUUGACAACAUUUCAGGUGCCGUUGUUCAUGAUGCGCUUCGGUCAGUCAAACCUUUACAGGAGUGAAGACUACGGGAAGACCUUCAAAGAUGUGACUUACCUGAUCAACCACACCUUCAUCCAGACUGAGUUCGGUAUCGCCAUCAGUCCUGACCACUCUGGGAAGGUGAUCCUGACAGGUGAUGUGUCAGAGAUGGGGGGGUUUCGACUGUUUCGCUCACAAGACUUUGGCCUCACCUUCGUUCCAACUGAUCUACCGUUUGAGCCCCUCAUUCAGAUGCUGUACAACCCUGGAGACUGCAACGCACUUAUGACGCUCAGCAUCACGUUGGAUCUGUGGCUGUCUGAGGACUUUGGCACCACCUGGAGGAAGAUCCAUGACAGUGUGUGUUUGGUCAGAUGGGGUCCAAAGAACAGCAUCUAUUUCACAACAAACUACAAUGGAUCAUGCAAUGAUAAAGGAAUGCUAGAGUUAAGGAAGACAGCAGACUAUGGUCGAAGUUUCCAGACCAUUGCAAGAAGAGUUUACUCCUUCGUGCUGGGGGGGAAAUUUGUCUUUGCUUCCAUCAUGACCGGCAGGGGUACAGAGCGUAUGAUCCACGUGUCAGUGGACGGAGGUGAGGUGUGGAACAUGGCUCAGCUUCCAAAAGUCAACCACGAGCAGUUUUACUCCAUCCUGGCAGCCAAUCAGGACAUGAUCUUCAUGCACGUGGAUGACCCUGGCGACUCUGGCUUUGGAACCAUCUAUGUCUCAGAUGACAGAGGAACCGUGUUCUCUAAGUCUCUGGAGCGCCAUCUGUACACAACCACGGGAAGUGACACUGAUUUCACUGCCAUUACUUCACUCAGGGGCGUCUACAUGACAAGUGCACUGACAGAGGAUGGGGCAGUGGAGACAGUGAUCACUUUUGACCAAGGAGCAAGGUGGCAGACGCUGCGCAGACCACAAAACAGCCACUGUGAUACCGAGACCUCUACUAACAGGCCAAACAGAUGCAGAUUUCACAUCCACGCCUCCUAUAGCACCACCAUGAAGAUGAAUGUCCCUAUGCUGCCGCUCUCACAGCCCAACGCAGUGGGCCUCAUUCUGGCCCAUGGCAGUGUUGGAGAUGCAGAGUCAGCUCUCUCCCCUGAUGUCUACGUGUCCGAUGACGGUGGCUACUCGUGGCUGUUUGCCCUCAGGGGCCCUCAUCACUAUGCUAUCCUGGAUUCUGGAGGCCUGCUGGUUGCUGUGGAGCACACCAACUCACCUGUCAACCAGAUCAAGUUUUCAACAGAUGAGGGGCAGUGCUGGCAUAUGUAUAACUUCACCAAUGAUCCGAUUCACUUCAGCGGUAUGGACAGUGAGCCUGGCUCUCGCUCCAUGAAUGUCAGCCUGUGGGGCUAUAGGAAUGACUUGAGUAAAUGGGUGGUGAUCACCAUAGACUUCAAGAAGCUCCUCACCAGAGACUGCACUGAAGGGGACUAUGUACAGUGGCUGGCUCACUCUGCAGACCCCAGUGGCUCUAAUGAUGGCUGUGUGCUGGGCUAUAAGGAGACCUUCUUGCGACUCAGGAGAGACUCUGUCUGUUGGAACGGGAGGGACUAUGGUGUCACUAAGAAGCUGUCUCCAUGUCCAUGUACAAUGGAUGAUUAUCACUGUGACUUUGGAUAUUACCGACCAGAGAACAGCUCGGAGUGUGAGGAGCAGGAGGAGAUGAAAGGCAGCCCUCUGGAGUUCUGUUUAAAUGGGACCACUGAACAGCUACAGACCAGUGGCUACCGGAAGAUUCCAGGAGACCAGUGUGAGGGAGGUUUCCAGCCAGAGAGGAAAGAGACUGACCUGGGGAGGAUGUGCACCAGCAACGCCCUUUAUCCAAAUUCUCUGACUGAAACCAGUUCACUGAAUGCUGCUGUCAUAGUGAUGGUCGUCAUAGCGCUCCUCCUGACGAGUGCUGUCGCAGGUGUUUGGCUGGUUAAGAAAUAUGUCUGCGGAGGAAGGUUCCUUGUGCACCGAUACUCUGUAAUGAGGGAACACGUCGAAGCUAAUAAGAUAGAGGGAGUGGAUGACAUUGACCCCCACUACAUGGAGACAGGAAAAGCACAGUACAAUGAAGAUUCAGAUCAGGACCUCUUAGAAUAAGGCUCCUUGAGACAAAAUUUAACACAGUCUUUCACGAUGCCUGGGCACUCCUGUUGCUCCCACAUGCUGAUUAACAUCUGCUUCUCACUUCUCGCUAUCCCCUGGUGGCUGGAGGACUCGGCAAGCAGCGGGGCAACUUCUCACAUUGCUUCCUCGUUACCAGUUGAGGCUCCCACAAAAAGGCGAAGCGGCGUUUUGGGAAGGGGUGGGGUGGGGUGGGGUGAAGAGGUAAACCCAGAAGAAAGCCCCUGGGUUCCCUAGAGAGCUUUUGUUGUUUCUGUCACAAAAAUUUCUGUAAAGGCCGUUGAGUCUGAAUUUGUUGCCCUGUAUGUUUCCUUUCACACUGACCUGAGAAGAGACAGGUUUUCAUAUUGUGAUGUGCUGAGAGGCUACGACGUGGAUAUAUAGGCUUACAGGAAAUUUCAUCAAGAGCUAGGGAACAGCCUAUCAACAGAGCACAGAAGAUUAUUGUCAGUAUUUUAGCUCAGAGAUUUUGUCUGCUGUCAGUUAAGUAGUUCUUGUACUCUGUAAAUUUACAUUUGCAUCAUACAGUCCAGUUGUGCAUGGCCGGCCAUUUUAACAUUCAUUUUGUCAGUUUCACCAGUCACUAAAAUUAGGCUAAGACAAUUAAUUAUUCUUGAGUUACUUUUCGUAAACUAGUUGUUUAGAAAUGUGCAGUUUCCUUUUUAAUAAAAACUACUACUACCCUCUUUAGUUAUUACAGGUCGUGAUCUGUGACUAAUGAUAUUUGAAUAGACGGUUUUUACAGGUAAAAACUGACCUGAUUUUUAAUAGAAUCCCAACCGGUGAUGCACAUUAGAUACAAACCUUUCAAAAUGCUAAUGGCAUCUUUAAAAAAAAAAAAAAAAAAAAAAAAAAGUAACAGUAAUAACAGUAAAGUAACAAUAGUAACUAUUUCAUAAAGACUAUUCUUUCUUAUUUCACAUCAUUUCAACUAUUAAAGGUUGGCAAUAAAUAAUAAUUACAAAUAUUUGAAUAGUCCAAUAUCUUCAUUCAUGUCAAUAUUUUAGUUUUUAUCAUUUAAUUAUUGUAAUUGUAACCACAGCAUAAAAUGAGUACAAAUACAAGCUAGUGACAAGUAGUGACUUUGCUUACUUAAGAAGAUCAGAACAACUUACAAGAAGAAGUGUUAGUGUAGUUUUUAGUGCUAAGUGAAACUUUUGGAAUAAAUGUUAGAAGAGCCUGCCAUUAUUGUGACUAUAUAAAAUGUAGACAGUUUUUUUUAUACAGUGCAGCUUCAUACAGCCAAUAUCUUCUAUUCCCCUUUAUGUAUGGUGAAAAUGAAAGACUUGAAUUAUUGCCAAAGCACUUUUAUUGUUUAGUUUUCUCAUUUUAGAGGUGAGGUUACAGAGGUGAAACUUAACCUUAUCCCAGCAUUAUAUCGAGUGUGACGGUAAUACUAAUGCAAACCCUUUACUUGAACUCUGAUAUUUUUGCUCGACUGGAUGCAUCAUUAUGUUGCUGUUUUGUUAUUUUUUGUUUUUAUUUGGCUGAUACAUCCCAUAUCAGCCAAUGCCAAUAUGCAUUCAUCUAAUGAUCUUAAUGCAGGUGCAGGUGUACUUAUCAAGUAAAGAACAUGCUGGCUUUUUGCUGAUAUGACAUUAGUAAAACAUGCAUAAAAUUGCAGUGCACAAUCAGGUAAAUACUAAUAAUAGAAACAUAUCCAGAAUUUUACUGAUACUGCUUUUUAAGGCUACUAUUUGCCAGUAUUUGUCAUUUUUCUCAUAUAUUGAUGCAACCAAAAUAAAUAAUCUCACAGAUGUUGCAAAAUAUCCACAAUAACAGAACAAACUCUUAGUGUAAUGUUUGUGGUGGCCACAAAGAACUUUAUUCUGUUCAUUGAAGUAGUUAUUACCCUUAUUAUUUCCCUUCAGAUAAGAUGUUGGCUGCUUACCAUUUCUGUUAUCUGCAGUGUAACUUUUGACAUCUGCAGGGCUUAUGGCCAAUGCUUGUGUUCUCCAGCAGAGGCAAUAAUAUCCCAGCAAAUAAGCUAUUGUAAUAAGCUGGCCUAAUGUAGAGGCAUAUUCUCAAGGACUGUUGGGUAGAUUCAGAUAUGAAAGCAAAUUUGCAUGCUUGAUGCUUCUUUAUUUACACAACUGUCAGUAAGAACAAACCCAGCUAUUAACUGGAUUCAAUGAUUUAUUUUUGCACUGUAUCCACAGAUCUGUGAAAAAGUUGCAUUUGUUCCUCCUUGUACAUCUAUUUUUUGUAAAAUACUAGGGCCAUGAGUUGUGAUCUUCAUUCCAUCUUGUUUUUUUUUUGACUGUUUACCAGGACACCAGAGAUGAGUAUCUCUGAAUUAAACGAUUCUGUAGCGCAGAUGUUUUAUAACAAUGUUUGCAUUUACUGAAUGAAUAACACUAUCUCUUUUACAUCA